AUGAAGCCAGUAGCAGCGGCGGUGGAGGCGUAUGGUGUUCCCCUGGUGAGCGUGGUAGGGGAUUUUUUCUGUGUCCCUUACCCUGUGGAGCUAACAGUGAAGAAAAAAAAUCACAAUUUGUUUGAUUCAAUCUACGAAGCUUUAGAUGUCAAUGGAAAUCUUUUCUUCCGCGUCGAUGGUUCGUCUCGUAAUUUCCAGAAAAAGAGAGUCAUGCGUGAUGCUGCUGGUUUUCCUCUUCUUACCAUGCGCGAGAAGGCGUUGUCAUCACGUCAUCGAUGGACGAUUUACCGAGGAGAAGGCUCGGAGCGAAACGACAUGAUGUUCAGCGUUCAAAGAUCGAGUUCUUUCCAACUAACGAAAUUUCGACACAAAGUUUUCCUACCCAAUAAUAAUAAUGUCAAUGAAGAUGUUCCAAACUUUCAGAUCGUUGAAUCCAACUCGCCAUCUUGGUCUUACAAAGUUUACAAAGGCGAAACUCUCAUUGCUGAGUUUAAUUUCGUCUUCUCGUGGGAAAACUUUGCCAAAGGAACAAGAAAGCUAGCGCUCAAAAUUUAUCCAGGUGUAGACUACGCUUUCAUUGUCGCAUUAGUUGUGAUCCUCUACGAAAAUGAUAUCACGUGUAUUUAAUUACAUAGAAUAUA